CCCAGCCGAAAAAAAAAGGAAAAAGAAAACUCUGCAAAAAUUCAAUUCCAAAUGACCAUUAUCAUCUCCACUCCAUUUCUAUAACAAAAAAUUUCAAAUCAAAUCAAAUUAAAUCAAUUCAUGGCAGCAGUUUCAAGAGGUCUUAUUUCAUAUCUGCGUCAUCUAUCACUAAACCCUAAUAAUCACACCCAUCAGGGUUUUAUUUCAAUAAGAGCCAUAACCAUAACCAGUAAUUUGUUUUUAAGACCAUUCAGUUCAGAGGCAGCACUGCCUCUGAAUGAUUCAGAGGAUAGUGAUGGGAGGAUCAUUGAAGCGAAAACACGUGCGAUGAGACCUGAUUCGAGAAGAACUGGAUUGAUUGCAGUAAAAUGUGGAAUGACUGCGUUAUGGGAUAAAUGGGGUAAAAGGGUUCCAAUUACUGUUCUUUGGUUGGAUGAAAAUAUUGUUUCUCAAGUUAAAAUCCCCGAAAAAGAAGGCAUUACUGCCCUUCAGAUUGGUUGUGGGCACAAAAAAGAAAAACAUUUGACGAAACCAGAAGUGGGACAUUUUAGAGCACAAGGCGUCCCUCUGAAGAGAAAGUUGAGAGAGUUUCCUGUGACCGAGGAUGCUUUGCUUCCAAUUGGCACUCAGAUUGGAGUUCGUCAUUUUGUCCCUGGCCAGUACGUUGAUGUCACUGGGAUCACGAAAGGAAAAGGUUUUCAGGGUGUGAUGAAAAAAUAUGAUUUCAAAGGUGGGCCGGCAUCUCAUGGAGCAUCAAAGUCCCAUCGUACUCCUGGUUCUACCGGUCAGAGGGAUGCCCCUGGUAAGGUGUUCAAAGGAAAGAAGAUGCCUGGUCGAAUGGGAGGGAAACAGAGAACCGUUAAAAAUGUGUGGGUAUACAAGAUAGAUCCUGCAAGAAACUUGAUGUGGGUCCGAGGCCAAGUACCCGGAAACGAGGGAGAUUUUGUAUUCAUAAAAGAUGCAUGGUACAAGAAACCAGAUAUAUCGAUGCUUCCAUUCCCAACCCACUUUUCUACAGAAGAUGAGGACGUAACGAGUUUGGAACCUAUUGUUGCUGAUCUUGGAGAUACAGAUCCAUUUAUGGCUGCAGAUUAAUCAAAGCAUGAGUUACUACCAUUGGCUUUCUUUUCUGUGUGUCAAGUUCUCGGUGCAGAUUAGUCCUUCAUAAUUAACGAAGACGCUGGAAAGUAGCAGCUUGGAUUUUCUAUUGUUUUAACUAGAAAUAGAAAGGAAAAUGUAAUGUUUUUUUUUUUUUUGUUACUAUUCUGAGGGAUGUGGCAGCUGUGGUGGCUCGCUGAGAAUUAUAAAAGUGCGCUUUUUAUCAAAUAAAAUGACAUUAGCUAUUAUAGUGAUUAGUAUUUUAAAUGGUUAUUAGUGGUUUGUUACUUGUAAAAGUGAGCAUGUAUCUAGGAGAUUAGUAUCGUGUGAUUGCAACAUUAUCAUUUAUCAAGA